AUGAAUGACGAUGAGCGCAUGAUUGUUUUAUUCAUUCAUCCAUCAAUCGCGUACAACGCUGAAAGUCUCACGUCAACUAGACAAUUAACUACAAUUCUAACAACCAUUCGAACGACAACUACAGAAAAAUCGUCUCACUCGACAUCAAUAAUACAAUCAAGUACUUUCGUAACAACCAUUCGAUCAACUUCAAUUAGAUAUCCUACCAGUCAAGCACCAGUACUUUUAUUUAUCAGGCAGGCUUGUCCGAAUCAGACGUAUAUUAGCAUUCAUUGUAACAUAUCUGCAACACCAUGUGAAGUUGUAAAUCUCUGUCAGAAUGGUGCGAUUGUUUACAUAGGAACAUGUAAUCAGUUGAUCAAUGACACAUUCGAUUGCACAUGUGCUCCGAAUUGGACAGGAAUUUAUUGUGAAAACGUCAGUUAUGAAAAUACCGGCGUUUGUCGAUCGUUAUUAAGUGAUUAUCAGUGUGAAUGUCUCGAUGAAGCUUAUUUUGCUCGACAUUGUGAAACUUCAUCGAAGUCGAUUCUUCGUCAUAAAGUAUUUUCAAAAGUAUUCGCUUCGAUUGCUACCGUAGCUCUAGGAACUGCCAUGGCUUUCGUUGUUAUUAUGGACGUAUUAGAAUAUCUCUUCAAAAUUGAUUCAAUGCAGAAGUAUACGCCGACGUGUUGUGAUAAUCAGAUUUAUCUAUAA